UCAGAGAUGGAGCAGGUGUUGGGGCUUGGAGCGCAGUCAUCUAGGAUCAUCUAUGCUAACCCCUACAAGCUUCCCUCACACCUUCGUUUCGCUCAAGCUCGUCAAGUUUCCUUGAUGACCUUCGACAGCGAAACCGAACUACAUAAGAUCAAGGCUAACUACCCAGAGGCACAGCUGGUGCUUCGCAUACGCUACGACGCCGCCAAGUCCUUCAUAUGUUUUGGCGAGAAGUUUGGAGUGUUGCCUGACAAAGCCCGGACGCUGCUGGUUGCUGCCCGUGCCUUGACUCUCAGCGUAGUGGGUGUCGCAUUCCACGUGGGCUCUGACUGUAGUGAUUUACCUGUGUUCUACCACGCUAUUGCCGCAGCACGGAAGGCAAGUACUGACUAUGGAUAA